AUGGCUACAAUCUACGAAUCCAAAUACGAUGUGUUCGCCCACUACGGCAGGAACUUGAUCAACGAGCAUAUCAUCGCCCUCAGAAAGGAGAUCAGCGAGAAAAAGGGAACCGUCAUUGGGCUCCCUCGCGAUGGCUUCCCUCUUCCACCAUCCACGGUGUCGCAAGAUGCAGCUAGGGAAGAUUUUAAAGUCGGAAUUCUCGGUGCUGGAGUCGGCGGGCUGUACGCCGCGCUGAUCCUGGACUCGCUUGACAUCAAAUACGAGAUCAUUGAGGCCUCUGAGCGCACUGGCGGCCGCCUUUACACUCACAGGUUCAAGAGGCCGGACGGUAGUGAUGGAGACAAAUACGACUACUACGAUGUCGGAGCAAUGCGCUUUCCCGCUACAGUCGUCAUGGCCCGUUUAUUCCACCUCUUUAAUUACGGCCCCCUCAAUGUCGGCGACUUUCAUCUCUCCGGUCAACUCAAAGACUACUAUUUCGACGACAUUAAAGGCAACAGCCUACUAUACUACAACGAUGUCCGUAAACGCCGAAACUCUGCUCCCUCUGGUGAUGACUUUCUCUGGUCCGAACUGGGCGUUGGUCACGAUUACCUUAAAGCUGGUGUUGAAGAUAUCAUGCAGGACGUUAUCACUCCAUUUUCAAACGAACUUCUACGAGACCUCGAUACAGGUAGUACCACGGGCUGGGAUCAGCUGAUGAAAUUCGAUGCCUAUUCGACGCGAACGUAUAUGUCCACGAAAUAUAUCCCGAGCCCUAGCUUGGGCCUUCCGCCCUAUAGUCCGCCCACUGCCGUCGUCAAUUGGUGCGAGACUUUUGAUAAGUCAACAGGCUGGUAUGAUAGGUCGCUGGCGGAGACAGUGCUCGAAGAUAUGGCUUUCAAUCUCCAAGGGCCUUGGAAGUUAAUUGAUGGAGGCUCUCAGACUCUUGCAGCCAUCAUGGAAAAUUAUCUGAAAACCCGUACCUCCGGCUCCAUUGCUUUCAACUCGAGAGUCACUGGCGUCGCUGCGGGAAACAGCGAAAUGCAUGUCUCCAUUGACGGCCAUGCCGAGGCUAAAUCUUACCCUCACGUUAUCUCGACUUUGCCUGUUCCGUGCCUGCGCGCUCUCGACCUCUCCCAAUGUGGUCUUACCCUUCGUCAAUCCAACGCCUUGCGGCAAUUGACAUACGGCCCGUCGAUCAAGAUUGGCAUCAAGUUCCAGACUGCGUGGUGGUCGACGGCUAAAGACAAAGACGGUAAUCCAUUGGACAUCGUCGGUGGGCAAUCAGUUACCGAUAGACCGAUUCGAACCAUCGUCUAUCCAUCGUACGGUCUCCCCGACACCCCUAGCACCGUCCUCAUCGCAAGCUAUUGCUGGACUAACGACGCUGAGCGCCUUGGUGCCCUCAUUGGUACUGGAAAAGACACCUACACAGGCCAACUCAAGGAACUCGUUCUUCGGGAUCUCGCUACUGUACAUAACCUCGAUAUCAGUUUCCUUGUGGGCGAGUUCGUUGAUAUGUACCCUUGGGACUGGAGCCAUGACCCUUUGACAACGGGUGCUUUCGCGUUCUUCGGUCCAGGCAUGUUCUCUGAAGUUUAUAAACAUCUCACUCUCCCUACACCAAACGGUCGUUUCCACUUUGCUGGAGAAGCACUGAGUGUUCGACACGCAUGGGUUGUUGGUGCCCUCGAUAGUGCUUGGCGUGCGGUCAAGGAGAUCUUGGUGCUCGUUUAUGGUACUGAAAGCGAGCAGUACAAGACGUUCCUCGAUUUGUGGGGGAAUAACGAGGAGUGGACCACACGACCGGCAAACAGACACGCCGCAGUGUUUUCAACCCCAGUGAAAUUUCACGAGGACAUGCUGCUGGACCAUCUGAGGUUGAACGCCCCUGAGCUGUUCAAUUAA